AUGCAGAAGAAGAUGGAUGCCAUGGCUGCCAUGGGAGGAGAAGAUCCCGUAGCAGAGCGAUAUGAGUCGCCGACAGCUAUGACUCUUGGUUUGACCGUGUUUUCUUCCAGCUUCCUAGGGCUCUUUGUCGCUGCAGCUCUGGCAUCACAUUCCAUGCUCGAGUUCUUGGCCGCAUCGCUGCUUUGGCCGGCAUGCCUUCUUUGGUUGAACUGGUGCGUCCUGGUGCCUGUGGUGCGACGUGGACGGCUUCUUCGAAGAGUGAAGACGGCCUUGGGCUGCCUGGGCCUCUUCCUGGCGCCCGUCUGUACAGAGGCCACACGCCGAGGGCCAGGUCGGAUCAUCGGGGCCUCGGAAUCCGCGGCCGCGAUCCUCUGCACAGCACGCGCCCUUCAGCUCCUCCUGCGCCUCGAAGCCAUCGAGGACGAGGAGAAGGACGAGAAAGAGAAGAGAACGGAGAGAACGGAGAGCGAGAAGGAAGAGAAGAGACCGGAGAAGGCAGAGGAGAAAGCGGAGAAGAAGUCGAGCUCUCCUUCCCCGCCAUCACCGCAAAGUCCACGGACACCUGCCUGGGGACGCUGGAGGCGCUUCUACCACAUGGCCUGCCUCAGCUGGCAUGAUGUCGACCGCGUGAAGGCACUGCAGACCCCGCGCGAGCACCGGAACCACUACCAGAAAACAUUUCAGGAGUUCCUCCUUGCAGCCUUGGGCCUUGCCGCCUGCGCCCUGGCCCUGCACAUCCUACCAAGCAGCUUUGCUUUGGCCAGGGGCCAAAGUGGCUAUGUCGGCUUGAGCAUAGUGAGGGUGCUCAUUUGUUGUUUCGGCGCAGGAAGCGUGGUCUUUGGAUUUUACACCUUCGACCGUGCAUAUUUGUUCUUAUUGUCGUAUUUCAACCGGCUUUGUGUUCACUCCAUCUUUGGCCCUCAGUUGUGGCAAGCGAAGACCAUCAAAGAUUUCUGGAGGCAGUGGAAUUUGCCCGUGCAGCGGAUGCUCUCGGAGGGCAUCUUCGUGCCCUUGCGGAAAACCGGCUGCUCACCCAGCUGCUGCGGAUUCUUCGUCUUCCUCGCCUCCGGCCUCGGACACGCUUGGCCUUUGCUGUGCGUCGGAGCCCAGACUUCGCAGAUUACGAUGAUGCUCCUUUUCUUCAUUACACAAAUCAUUCCGCUCCAGCUGGAGUCCAAGCUGCAGAUCCGAAGCCGAGCGUGGGUCUACACAGUCGAAGUGCUCUUAUCUCCUCUUUUUGUCUUGCCUUUGCUUCAGAUGUCUGACGCUCGGCUCUUGCACCUGUCGCAGAGCUGA